AUGGUAUCUCCAGUCCACACUAAAGCCGAGUUCGACGAGGCCUUGAAGCACUCCGGUUUGGUUGUCGUCGACUUCUUUGCCACCUGGUGUGGUCCUUGUAAGAUGAUUGCCCCAAUCUUGACCAAGUUCUCCCAGGAGUACACCCAGGCCAAGUUCAUCCAAGUUGAUGUCGACCAAUUGUCCAGUCUUGCUCAAGAGUACGAGAUUUCUUCCAUGCCAACUAUCUUGUUCAUCAAGGAUGGUGCUGUUGUCAGCAAAGUCGUCGGUGCUCAACCGCAAGCUAUCAAGCAAGCUUUGGCCACCUACGCUUAA